AAAGGCAUAGCAGUCUUGCUGCAAAGGGGAAAUAAAAACUGACAGCGUCCAUAAAAAUUAGGGGGAAAGGCAGAUUGUUUGUUACAGAUGUUUCUUGUGUCUUGGAGAUAAUUUUAUGUAAGUUUUCUUUUUAAAGAGAAGAGCUAGUUUUUCACAGAGCCGAUGGGCAGAAGGCAUGAAGAGAAUGGCCAGGCACUCAGAAGGCAAGUACGGCUUCUCUUUCUGUUGUCUUUCCCCUGCUGGGCUGCCUCAGAGCAAAUCCGGUAUUCCAUCCCCGAGGAGAUGGCAAAGGGUUCCAUUGUGGGGAACCUCGCCAAAGAUCUGGGGCUGAAUGUCAAGGAACUGGCAAAGCGAAAUCUGCAUGUUGUCUCUGUGGCUAAAUUGCAGUAUUUCAGUAUCAACCCAGAGAAUGGAAAUCUUUGGGUGAAUGAUAGGAUAGAUAGGGAGGAAGUAUGUGGCACAAUUCCCCUUUGCCUCCUUAAUUUUGAGGUGGUGGUUGAAAAUCCUUUAAAUGUUUUCCAUGUAAACAUAGUGAUAGAGGAUAUUAAUGACAACACACCACAUUUCCUCAACAAUGUAAUCAAUUUGGAGAUAAUAGAAUCAACGCUAGCAGGAACCCGAUUUAUCCUUGGGAAAGCUGAAGAUCCUGACGUAGGGAUGAAUUCCGUUCAGAAUUAUUACCUUAGCACCAAUCCAUACUUCACUUUGGAUAUUAAAGAGAGUCAGGAUGGAAAUAAAUUUGCAGAUUUAGUGCUGCAGAAACCCCUUGAUCGAGAAAGUGAACACACCAUUCAUGUGAUACUUACUGCCCUGGAUGGGGGUGAACCCAGAAAAACUGGAACUGCCCAGAUAUGGAUUAAUGUCACUGAUGCUAAUGACAACCUGCCCAUUUUUACGCAAGACAUCUAUACAGUGAGUUUACAAGAAAAUGUGCCAGUAGGGUCCACUAUAGUCCAGCUUACAGCUUUUGAUAAUGAUGAAGGUUUGUAUGCCCAAAUCAGGUACCAUUUUAGCAAUGUACCAGUAAAUGCAAAUAAGAAAUUCAGUCUGGAUCCAAAGAGUGGCAUCAUCAUGCUUAUUGGGGAUUUGGAUUUUGAGGAGAACAAAAAAUAUACCAUGACAGUAGCAGCAAAAGAUGGAGGGGGAUCACUGACACACUGCAAAGUUGAAAUAAAUAUUAUUGAUGAGAAUGACAAUGCCCCAGAAAUAACAUUAGCAUCUCUGUUCAGCCCAGUUCCUGAAGAUGCUCUGUCUGGAACAAUGAUUGCUCUAAUAAAUGUCAUUGACAAAGACAGUGGUGAAAAUGGAAAAGUUACUUGCUAUCUUGAAAAUGAUUUGCCAUUCACAAUUUUCCCGUCGUCUAAUAAUUACUACAAGCUUCUAACAGACAGCCUCCUGGACAGAGAAAGGACUCCUGAGUAUAAUAUUACAAUCACAGCCACUGAUAAGGGGACCCCACCUCUUUCUACACAAAAAGUAAUUCCACUCCAGAUCUCCGAUAUCAAUGACAAUGCCCCUGCUUUUGAGAAAUCCACCUACAACAUUUAUGUGCCAGAAAACAAUCCCUCCGGUGCCUCCAUUUUCACAAUCAAAGCCACAGAUCCAGACAUGGGCCAGAAUGCACGGAUCACAUACUCCAUCCUCCACAGCAACAUUGAAGAGCUUCCCAUCUCUUCAUACAUCUCCAUUAAUUCAGAGACUGGCGCAAUCUAUGCCCAGCGAUCCUUUGACUAUGAGCAGUUCAGGGAAUUUCAGCUGCGAGUGAAAGCCCAAGAUGGGGGUUCUCCCCCUCUCAGCAGCAAUGCCACCAUCAGGGUCUUUAUUCUGGAUCGCAAUGACAACAGACCUCAAAUCCUGUCCCCUUCCCAAGAAGGCAGGGGCUCAGCCUCAUUUGAGAUGGUCCCUCGCUCAGCCGAGGGAGAUUAUCUAGUGACAAAGGUGGUGGCUGUGGAUGCCGAUUCUGGACACAACGCCUGGCUCUCGUACCAUCUUGUUCAAGCCACUGAGCCAGGCCUCUUCUCUGUCGGCUCUCAUACUGGUGAGAUCAGGACAACCAGGGCCUUUUUGGAGAGAGAUGCUGUGAAGCAGAGGCUGGUUGUGAUGGUGAAGGACAAUGGGCAGCCAUCUCUCUCCGCCACUGUUACUCUGAACCUGGUGUUUGCUGAGAACUUCCAGGAGGCCCUUCCUGAAAUGAAGAACCAGCCAAGCAUCUCUGAGUCUCAGUCUGAUCUCCAGUUCUAUCUGGUGCUGGCCUUAGCCUUGAUCUCCUUCUUAUUCCUCUUGACAGUCAUUCUGGCUAUUACGAUGAAGAUUCGGCGCUCAGGGCAUCCCAAAUUCCUGCAGUGCUUUGGCCCCGUUCCCCACUCCAAGGGUGGUGCCAUGUUUCCACCUAAUUUUGAAGAUGGGACCUUGCCUUAUUCCUACCAGCUUUGCCUUUCCUCAGAAUCCAGGAAGAACGAGUUUACUUUUUUGACUCCUCAUGUUCAGAUUUCUGACACUUUGGCCCCAGAAAGCACUCCAGAGUACAGUAUCACAAUCAUAGCAACAGACAAAGGAACACCCUCUCUCUCAACCGAGAAGACCAUCUCUUUACAGAUCUCAGAUAUCAAUGACAACAGUCCUGCCUUUGAGAAGCCUCUGUAUACUGUCUAUGUGCCAGAGAACAAUCCCUCAGGUUCCUCCAUUUUCAGGAUGAAAGCCUCAGACCCGGAUCUCAACCGCAAUGCUCAAAUCACUUACUCCAUUCUGCAUAGCAGCAUUGAGGAACUUCCUCUCUCCUCUUACCUCUCCAUUAAUUCUGAAUCAGGCAUCAUCUAUGCUCAGCGCUCCUUUGACUAUGAGCAACUGAGGGAGUUUCAGGUGGAGGUGAGGGCCCAAGAUGGAGGCUCCCCACCCCUCAGCAGCACUGCCAGAGUGAAAGUGUUUAUCUUGGACCAGAAUGACAAAAGCCCUCAGAUUCUUUACCCAUCUCCAGGAGUGGAAGGCUCGGGCUUGUUUGAGAUGGUGCCUCGCUCAGCAGAGGAAGGCUAUCUUGUGACCAAAGUGGUGGCGGUGGAUGCUGACUCUGGACACAACGCUUGGUUGUCUUAUCAUCUUCUCCAGGCCACAGAGCCUGGGCUCUUCACCAUUGGGCCCCAUAAUGGUGAGAUCAGGACAUCACGGUUGUAUUCAGAAAGGGAUGCUGUGAAGCAGAGGCUGGUGAUCUUAGUCAAGGAUAAUGGUCAGCCACCCUUGUCUAGUACUGUGAGUCUGAACUUGGUGUUUGCCGAAAGUUUCCAAGAAGCAAUACCUGAAAUCAGUAGCCAAUCCAAUGAUCCAGAGUACCAGUCUGAUCUCCAGUUCUAUUUGGUGCUGGCCUUGGCUAUGAUUUCAUUUUUAUUCCUCUUGACGGUGAUACUAGUCAUUAUGAUGAAGCUUCGAAGAUCAGGGAGUCCUAAAUUCCUGCAGUGCUUUGGUCCUAUUCCCCAUUCUAAUAAUACUGUCAUAUUUCCACCAAACUAUGAAGAAGGGACACUGCCAUAUUCCUAUCAGCUCUGUUUAUCAUCUGAAUCUAGGAUACAAGAAUUUGCCUUUCCAGCUCACAGUAUUCAAACUGCAGAGAAUAAGGUGUCUAAUCAUAAAUCCGAUGUGCUUCUGACAGCCAAUGGAGGUAGUAUGCUAAAUACUGAGGUGGAUGAAGCUGAUGCAGGACAUUCUGAGAAGCCCCAUGGAUGCAAAGUUGAUGCCAGCCCAGAUGUGCGGGUAGAGAACAUGUUUUGUGCAGAGGGACAAAAAUAUGCCAAAGCCCAAGCAUAUGGACCAGCAGUAACUUAG